GCGAAUCCCACUCGCACCUUCACGCCACCACCACAAACUCACCGAAACUCCUUCACCUGCCACCCGUCCGCAGCCAUGGCCGACAAGCUCCGCGCGCAGCAGCAACUCGAGGCGCUCCAGGCCCGCUACAUCGGUAUUGGAUCCGCCGACACGUCUAAGCAUGAGUGGACCUCUAACAUGGCACGCGACUCGCUUGCCUCGUACGUCGGACAUCCGCCGCUGCUGCAGUACAUGAGCAUUGGCAUGGGACAGCCGAGGGAGAAGACGAGGGUCCAACUCCUGGAGCGCAUGAUCCAGCCCGUAGGACCUCCGCCUAAGCAAGACGACUGAUCACGGUAUACUGCAAUAGCGAUUUGACAAGUGGAGCAAACCUGGCGUGCAUACGAGGCAAAGACUACUUGGGCACAUCACGGAUGCGGUUACAAAUGUGUGGAGAAGGCGCAGAGAAGGACGCCGAUGUGCAAUGGGGCUACGGGUGAGAGGCCCACAACUACACGGGCAGCGCUGCUCGACGUUGAUGGUUUGGGAGUUGUUCUCGAAUUCAUGUCCAGAUACCCAGAUAGUACCUGCCCCGUCCCUAGGCGUCUACAUGCCCCCGGGAGCGGAAUGCCAAAUGCCGAUGCCGCAGCCACAUUUUGGCUGGGAUGCCG